AUGAACGAAAUUUUUAAAGAUUCGAGUGUGUCGGAUUUAUAUCAUGAAUUUGUUUCUAAAUCUACCAAUGACCCCUAUGAAGAUGCCGUGAGCUUUCUUAAUUUUAUUUCUUCUAAAAUGUCAGAGGAAUGUAUAUUAAAACUUCGUUUAAAAGCAUCUACUUUCAGGCAUGAGGCUGAUGAUUCUAGUACAAUUGAAAGACAAUUAUCAGAUGAUGGUAUGAGUAUUUAUAGUGCCAGUGAAAUGCCCCUUUUAGAAGGUGAUAAUUCAGAAAAAGAAUCCGAUGAGUCUAAAGAUGAUGAGGUCAAUCCGGAAUUGUCUGUAAAUACGUUCGAGGAGAAAUCAUCGCGUCCUUCAUUAGAGAGCUGCUCUCGCAGAUCCAAUGAGUAGUCUUCGGUUCUUUCACAAUCUUGUUGCUCUGACCCUAAUCAACGGGUUCUGAUGCCCACAAUUCCACGGUCUUCUCUGAAACAUAAACGGAAAUCCACUAAUCCGGUUAAGAGGUUAAGUUUGCCUGCUAGUAGAUCAUCGGAUGUAGUUGAUAAAAGCAGCAAAUCCAGACAACGGAAAACGUCGGUUUCACGGAAGUCAGCCUUGAGGAAACGUGUGCCUUCAGGUGGUGGAAAGGGGAAAAAGCAGGAGUGUAGUGUCCGGAAGACAGGAGAAGAGAAAGAUGAGUCAUGUUCACCUCCUCACCCUUCAGUAACUGAGACGCCCAAUCCGAAAGCCUCGCUUCCACGUUGGGAACGAGCUCGAAUGGCAGCUGCUGCGAAAAUUAAAAAUAAGAAGGUAAUCGUAGCGGAGUCGCCUUUGAAGCCAACACCAUCAGGGAAUGUUAUCGGUAGUCCCUUGCGUCGUCUCCGGCGUGCCUCCUCAUUUCUCAAUUUUGGCGGUAACAAUGAAGCCUCCCAAUCCUCCUCCAACCUCGGAGCUCGGGCUGAACGCUAUCAGAGGCGAUUACAAGAGGAGGAGACCUCGUUGAGUCAAUUCAGUGGUGGUGGGGAGAGUAAUUCCCAAUGCACACAACCACUCUCUGCGUCGAACUCGUGCUCUGAUCUUCGAAGGAGGAGUUCUAAUCUACUAGUCAAUUUUGCCUCUCCGAAGAAGCCUACUAAACCCACUCUUCAAUCUGUUGUGUCUUCACCGUCCAUUCUUACUUCUUUAAAACGGAAAUCAGUCAGACCCUUCCGUCAUCUCUUUGGCGAUGAUCCUACCUCCUCGACUGCGUUGGAACGAAGAGAGUCGGCUUCAAAACGUCAGAGGAUUGACCCGGAGGGCGGUUCAAUCGCCCAGCCGAGAAUUUCACGCGAAUUCAGCGAAAACGCCAUGUUCCUCGGCGAGGACGAAUUCCUACUCCACACCAAUACGCCGCCUAGAAUGCGAACAAGGGGUAUGGAUGCACACAUAAGUCCAAGACGGGAAAGUGGAGUCCUGUCUCCUUCCAAAGGUGAAGGCGGAGUUCCAGUCCUCUUCAAGACGCCCACCAAGAACUUGCGAAGUGCCGCGAGUAUGAGACAAGCGUCCGAGCAGGAAAGCCAGUCUGACGUCCACAAUCGAAGAACUCCAACCAGAAGUCAGUCGUUGCUGUCUGGUGCUCCCAAGCACCCACCGACUAGAAUUUUACGAAGUGGCUUAACAGGCCAAAGAGAAGCAUCAGCACUGGAUGUGCCAACUGUAUUUCAAUCCCAUGGGACUCCAACUAGAAGUCAGUCAUUGUUGCCCUCCUCAAGACCUGAAUCUCCAUUUGCUCCCAAGACUCCGACGGAAACUCGAAGUCCUGGUCCCAGCCUUCGAAGGAGGCUCAAAUUCACUCCAGAUCACCAAACCCAGGAGAAUUCUGAGACUCAUAAAACCACGAGAAAGCGUCCAGCAGCAGCAGCACAGUUUCCGUCGCACGGCGGAAAUCAGUCGCCCCCUAAAACGCCUACCAAGAAACAAAUUCUACGUAGUCCUAUUAGUCCUGAAGCUGGUGGUACAAGUCUGCCUGACCCUUCAGAGUAA